GGCGCAGGCAAAUUGGUCCCAGUAAGAUUAACCUCCUGAUGAGAAGGGUUGUUGAGUUUAUUCAUGCGUGUAGGAGAGCAUCAGAAGACGGGCAGUCAUACGUGUUCCGUCCCAGUCACUUGCCAAGAACCUCUGACCGGUUGUGGGUUGUAGGGAAUUCGUCACACCUCCGCAGCAGCUGUAUUGAACAGGUUUCGAGAGCGUAUCCAGAGGCGGUCUCAUAGAAAGAGGUCCGCUAUUGUGCAGAACCGCGUCUAUAAUCGCACUUAGCAGACGACUCCUUGUUCAUCGCCAUGAGGUCGCUUACGAUGUCCAUCAACGUGUGUCCUACUUGACAGCCGUCUAGACAUACCGGGUGCAACCCCGCCCCAAGCUAUCGAUGUGGAGAUAAUGGCACAGUGCGCCAGUGCGCGAUACAUAGUACCCAGACGCAUGCUCAUCUGUUUCAUGACCUUGCAUAGGUCAAAAUGUGUCCACGAUGUCGAAGACGAGAAGGGGAUAUACAAUGCCAUCUGCCGCGCACGAGCGCUAUGCAAGAAGACGAAGCAAGAGGACGCGCCUGGUCGUGUGUAUUGGAGGAGACAUCCCAACGGCCUGGAGCAGGCAAGCCGCUCUGUCGCUACUACAUGAAAGUCCUUGUUCGUUGGAUAAAAGACAUGCGGAGGCAAAUGUUGACACAUACAUCGAUU